AUGAACAAUACUCAAAGAGAACGAUGUGAGAAGAUUUCUCCCGACUGUCCCCUCGAGGACACCAUCUACGGCUAUGUCCCGAACAUGGGCGGCAACGCCUUUUUCGGCGUCAUCUUCAGUAUCUGCACCCUUGUCCAAGUCUACUUCCUCAUCCGCUACUGGCGUCUCUGGAAAGGCUACACCAUUCUCGUCCUUAUAGGCAGUCUGCUCGAAUGCUGCGGUUACGCCGGCCGAAUUCUCAUGUCCAAGAACCCGUGGGACGGCGCGGCUACGUCAAUCCAGUUCGUGCUUCUGAUGGUCGGUCCAUCGUUCCUUGCUGCAGCGCUUUACAUGACGCUUCGUGCUUUAGUACAGUACUUUGGGGAACAGUAUACCAAGCUUCCAGCGAGACUUUGGACGUGGCCGUUCGUCACUGCUGACAUGCUGGGGUUCUUCUCACAGUGUGUUGGUGGUGUCAUGGCGUCGAUGACGGAGAAGUAUCCUUCUCUUGGAACUGUUGGAAGGGUGAUCAUGGUGUUUGGUGUAUCAUUUCAGGCCGUCGUCAUGGCCAUUGCAGGUAUUCUUGCUGCUGACUUUGCUUUGCGUAUGCGUCGAGAACGUGGAAGUGUCUUUCGACAUCUACCCAAAGACCUCAACAUCUUUCUGAUCUCUCUGACGGUUGUAUUCCUUCUCGUUCUCACCCGUUGUAUCUACCGAAUCCCCGAGUUGGCUGGCGGCGUCGGCGGACGCAUGAUGCGACAAGAGGUUGAGUUCAUGAUCCUCGAUGGCUGUAUGAUCGCCAUAUCAGUCAUUUUGCUCUCCGUCAUCCAUCCUGGUAUCUACGCUACCGCAAUCCAUGGCGGUGCCGACCAUCGAUCCAAGUCAGUCAGACUCAUGGAUCUCGAAUCGAAUCGCGGAGAGGACAUUCAAGCAGAUCACACAGAUCACCGUCAAACAGAUCACGUAGGUCACCUGCAGGACGAUACGAACCUCGGCGAGAGCAUCGACGAGAGCCCUCCGACUACUGAGUUCGGCGACGUGUUGUAG